UAUUAUUGUACCUGCGUUUCGACAUUUCCUCUUCUUUUUUUUUUUUGGAAGCGGAAGCGAGAAGUGUCUGGUCUAAAUCCGAGCUGCUGCAUUUAAUGUAUCGUCACUUUACAGAUUCUGUAUCUUUUAGCUACGUAACUUGCGUCUCAUUUUGUCAACUUUUACUGGGAGUUUAGGUAGUGUGGUGGAGCCCCUCAGUGGACUCCAAUCACCUUGUCCACGAGACCCACUGCUCUGUCCUGUCUCCCACAUGGAUGUCCAGGGGUAUAAGUGGGUGCGCUGGCGGGUGUGGUUGUGCCACCUGGCUGCGCUGCUGUCCUUUGGUCUCCUCCUGCUUGUAUUUCACUGGCGGCCACGGCUUGGUAUCCUGGCCCGUUGCUGCACAUGCCCCCUGGCUCUGGCAGAAGUUCUGCUGCUAAAAACUGAAUAUGGUGAAAGCUCUGUUGUGGAAGUUCUCACAGAGGAGAUGGAGGAUGGCAGUUUAGAAAUCCUCGAGGACCUGGAGGUUCCUGAAUGGAGAGAUACAGUUCACUUAUACAAGAAGGAAAAAACUCUGCUGCGCUACUAUUUGUUUGAAGGGCUCCGUUACAUCUGGUUGAACAAGAAGGGAGCCUUUUGUUGUGUGAGUGUCCUCAAUGAGGACUGGACUUCCAGAGACUUAUAUGGCUUCCAGGCUGGUCUCAGUCUCCAGGAGCAGAUCUUCAGGAGACGCAUUUAUGGGCCCAACGUUAUUGAUGUGCCUGUGAAGCCUUACUUAAACUUGCUGUUUGAGGAGGUCCUCAAUCCAUUCUAUGUGUUUCAACUCUUCAGUGUUAUACUGUGGCUAAGUGAUGACUAUUACUUCUACGCCAUGUGUAUUUUACUCAUAUCCAUUUUUUCCAUUACCAUCUCUCUUUAUGAGACACGCAAGCAAAGCAUCAUUCUUCACAACAUGGCCAUGUCACUUACGACUGUUACAAUACGCAGAAGCUCAGGAGCUGAGGAACGGGUGAACUCAGUCGACCUGGUCCCUGGUGACUGUAUCCUUAUACCUCAGGAUGGCCUGGUGCUGCCCUGUGAUGCCGCUCUGCUGUCAGGGGAGUGUCUGGUCAAUGAGAGUAUGCUUACAGGUGAAAGUGUCCCAGUGCUGAAAACUCCACUGCCAGAUGGUGAGGGAAAAUACAACUCUGAGACUGAGCGCAGACACACUCUCUUCUGUGGGACCCAGCUCAUUCAGGCCAAAGGCGGAGGACCAGAAGGUGCUGGUGCCGUUGCUGUGGUGACCAGUACUGGGUUUUUCACAGCCAAAGGUAACCUGGUCAGCUCCAUUAUGUAUCCUCAGCCGGUUAACUUCCGCUUCUACCAAGAUGCUAUCAAAUUCCUACUGAUCUUAGGUGUUAUUGCAAUAAUAGGCACCAUUUACAAUAUAGUCACCCUCUACAGAGCAAAUGUGCCUUUGCCAAAGUUAGUGAUCAGGUGCCUGGAUGUUGUGACUAUUGUGGUGCCACCUGCCCUGCCUGCUGCCAUCACCACUGCCACCAUCUACUCCCAGCAAAGACUGAAAAAAAUGGGUGUUUUUUGCAUCAGUCCUCCACGUAUAAAUGUCUCUGGCAAGGUCACAGUUUUCUGCUUUGACAAGACAGGAACGCUAACAGAGGAUGGUCUGGAUGUGUGGGGAGUAAUCGAGGGGGGUCCUGAUGGUUUUUCUGAGCUGGUCGCAGAGCCUAAGCUUUUGGACCCAGGGCCGAUGCUUUCAGGUCUGGCCUGUUGUCAUACCGUGACUAUACUACGAGGUCAUCCCAUUGGAGAUCCAUUGGAGCUGAAGAUGGUCGAGGCCACUGGUUGGACCCAAGAGGAACCAGAGGGAAAUGGCAAAGAGUUGGAUAAGGAGUUUGGAGGCCAUAAAGUUCUGGCUGUGAUGAGACCUCCUACUAAACAGUACCAAGAUCAAAGUUCCUCCAGCGAGCCAGUGGCCAUCGUGCAGAGGUUUCCCUUCUCUUCCGCCCUUCAGAGAAUGAGUGUAGUCACUGUGUCUGUUGGAGGUGGCUCAGCCUUCGCUUUCAUCAAAGGAUCUCCUGAGAUGGUGGCCAGUCUCUGUCAAGUGGAAACAGUUCCUGCACAGUUUUCCAGCAAACUGCGCGUGUUCUCCAGUGAAGGCCUUAGGGUUCUUGCACUUGCCUAUAAACCCCUGGAAAUCAACACUGACUUAAAGAACAUCAAAAGAGAGGAGGUAGAGAGAGGCAUGCAGUUCCUGGGCUUUCUCAUAAUGAAGAACCAGGUGAAGCCGGAGAGCGCAGGUGUUAUCGACACGUUGAGGCUGGCAAAACUGCGCAACAUCAUGGUCACUGGUGACAACAUUUUAACCGCAGUAAGUGUGGCAAAAAGUUGCGGGAUGGUGGGGGCAGAUGAGAAGGUAAUAUUCGUCACAGCCACUCCUCACACUGCCAAUUCUUUGCCAACCAUAAAGUUCACACCAGGAGAGGAAACAUCAUCAUCGCCGCUCAUCUCCACACAGAUCAGUAACGGACACCAACAUGAUCACAUCUAUCACUUUGCCCUGAAUGGAAAAUCCUUUGCUGCCCUCUGUGAUUACUUUCCCAACUAUUUGCCAAAGGUUUUAAUGCGAGCCACAGUAUUUGCACGAAUGUCUCCGGACCAAAAAACGCAGCUGGUAACAGAGCUGCAGAAACUUAACUAUCGAGUGGGUAUGUGUGGAGAUGGAGCCAAUGACUGCGGGGCGCUGAGAGCUGCUGAUGUUGGAGUCUCCUUGUCUGAAGCCGAGGCUUCUGUUGCCUCACCCUUCACUUCCAGAACUGAAAACAUCAGCUGUGUACCACUGCUCAUCAGAGAAGGCCGUUGUUCUCUGGUCACAUCAUUCAGUCUUUUCAAGUACAUGGCCAUGUACAGCCUCAUUCAGUUUUGCUCUGUCAACAUCUUGUACACUUUACAGACAACCUUGGGUGACCUGCAGUUCCUGUUCAUUGACAUUUUCCUGGUGACAUUCCUGGCUGUCGUUAUGGGACGAGGAGGCCCCAAUGACAAACUGCACACAAAGAGACCCCCAGCCAGCCUGCUGGCCCUGCCUGUCUUGGGCGGCCUCUUCAUCCACACCUGCUUGAUCGUCCUGGCCCAGCUGUCUGCGCUUUAUAUCACCUCCUCAAAGGAAUGGUUCAUUCCACUGAAUGCAACAGUUUUUGGUGCGGAAAAUUUGCCCAACAUGGAGAACACCAGUGUGUUUAGCUUGUCAGCUUUUCAGUACAUCAUCUUGGCCGUGGUGGUCACCAAGGGUUACCCUCACAAAAAACCUAUGUUCUACAACAUCAUUUUCUUCGGUCUGGUGAUCAUCCUGCUCGGUGUGGUGACCUGGCUGGUGUUGUAUCCUGGUCCACUUGUUGGUCCGACACUUAAGUUGUACAAUAUCACCGACAUGAACUACAAAAUGCUGCUUGUCGGUGUUGCUGCUCUGAACUUCCUCGCUUGUUUUGUCAUAGAGGUGUUGAUCGAUUUAGGAAUGCUUAACUGUCUUCGGUUUCUACGUGGGAGACGUCCUUCAAAGAAAAAAUACAAACUCCUGGACACCCUUGUUUCUGACUCUCCAUCAUGGCCACCCCUUGGUCAAACACUAUAUCCAACAGAACACACAGUUAUCCACUUGUCCUAGCAUCGAAUAGCUUCUUUUUAUUGGACAUUCGUCUGUCAACAUGACCAAAUAUUUAAAGUAGUAUUUACCUAUAAAAAAUAAAGUUUAUUUUAUUUAA